CUGUCGAAAAACUUUACAAGUUUUGCGUUCAUCGUCCAUCCCACACGUCUUUUUCUAUUCCGUUGUUUUCUGUCAUUUUAUUACAUUCGUAAUCUUGGGAUUAAAUAAUUCUGUGGUGUAAAAGUUUCGUAAAACAUGCAUGAAAAGACUGUUGUGUAAUAAGUAAACGUCCUUACUAAACUAAGAAUACCGUGCUGAUAAGUGAAUGUAAAAAAGAAGGAAUGGCGAGACCGACGCCGCCCGAUGCCUCGUCAACGAAACCGUUAUGAAUUGACGCGAGAGCAUUACGAAGCCAGUUCCUUGUUAUGUCUGUGAUCCCGGCUUAGCUUGUGAUAGUAUUGUGAUAGAUAUGGAUACCCUGCACGUGGUGCAUGCCCACAGCAAGGGCUCCAGUCGGAGCCAGUCGCCGUCGACAGCAGACCUGGCGAGGGACCCGGCGGUGGUGACGGACGAUGCCGUCAUCAGGUCCAGGGUCCAGUCGCCUUCGAGCGUGCACCAUGUCGUCAGUGAGCCGUCUUCGACGUCGUCAUCAAGGCAUGGGGAGAGGCCACAUCACGUCAAGUCGCACUCGAGGGACCUCGGCAACAGUCCCCUGUCUGCUAACACCACCGGCAAUAGCACCAGAGAUCUGGAAGACUCCCCACAGAAGAAGAUACUUUCCAGCGUGAUAGCUCCUGGCGACUACUCGAGCGCGGUGUUCAGUCCUAACGUUUCGUACGCGUUAUCUUCGGCAGACGAAUACGGCUCACCGGCGUAUAGAGGUCAAGACGGCGAUUACACUAAUCAAGAUGAGAACGAUGGUGGCACCAGUGUGACGUCAUCAAAGGCGUUAGCUGCCAUUGCGCACCUCAACUCCAAGAUUGAACGCACGAAGGACUUGAUACGGUUCGAACAGACUAUUAGGGAUGAUAACGUAAAUGAAUACUUGAAACUGGCAGCGAACGCUGACAAGCAGCAGUUACAGCGCAUCAAAGCGGUUUUCGAAAAGAAAAACCAGAAGAGUGCGCUCUGUAUAGCUCAGUUACAGAAGAAGUUAGAAGGCUACAACAAACGCAUCAAGAACUGGGAGCAACAUGGCACAAGUGGGCAGGCGCACAGACAACCGAGGGAAGUGCUACGAGACAUGGGACAAGGACUGAAAAACGUGGGCGGCAACAUUCGUGACGGCAUCACGGGUCUCGGAGGAAGCGUAAUGGCGGCGCCGCGGGAGUUCGCACAUCUCUUCUCGCGGUCCAACCGCUUCGGAUCGGCCGAUAACAUCGCGCAGCUGGCCGAGAACACGGGCCCUUCGAACGCGUCGUCGGAAGGCUCGCGCGCGUCCGAGGCCGGCGAGGCCAACGCUCCGCGCGGCUCCACCCUGCCCCGCGCGGCCACCUCCCCCGCGCCCAAGUACUCGCCCGACGCCUCGCCCAGCUCCUCCGUCACCAGCGAGGGAGCGCCAUACCCGACGCAAAGCGGUUCCAACAACAUCUCUGAAGCAACGUUCACGAUCAAGCCGAUACUCAACGAACUGCGCGAGCGCCGCGAGGACUACGAGCGACUGGCCGAGAAGAUUGACGCGCUCAAGAACUUGUCACAAGAGGUGUCAUUCCUAUCGGCCGCGCUUCAGGAAGAACGCUUCAAGACGGAGCGGCUAGAGGAGCAAAUCAAUGAUCUCACUGAACUACACCAAAACGAGGUGGAAAAUUUAAAACAAGCGUUGACUGACGUAGAAGAGAAAGUGCAAUACCAGAGCGAGGAGCGGAUACGAGAUAUCCACGAAGCGCUCGACCUCUGCCAGACUAAAAUUAGCAAACUAGAGCAAUGGAUGGCAGGCGGCGGCGGCGGCGGCGUGGCGGGCGGCGGCGGCGACACCGGCGGCGCCGCCGCGCUCCCGCCGCGCCUGCUGCUCGUCAAGCUGCUCAACGUGGCGCUCACAUUGCUCCAGCUGGCCCUACUGCUGGUGGCCACCGUGGCUGGGGUGGCCAUGCCCUUCCUGCGCACCAGAGUGCGCGUGCUAACCACAAGCCUGGCAGUAAUGGUGGGUGUUAUGGUGCUGAAGCAAUGGCCGGAGGUCACGCAGCUGUCGGAAGCGCUGGUGCGCCGCCUCAAGGAGUACAUCCUCGACUCGCGCCACGACAGGUAAUGGGCGGACGGGGGGAGGGCGGUACCUGCUGAGGGGAGAGGGAAUGACACGUGCUCUGUCACGUGACAGGGGAUGACACGUGUGUUGUCACAUGACAGAGAGGAAUAGCAAGCGCAUUGUCACGUGACAGGGUGUAUGACACGUGCAUCGUCACGUGACAGGGGACGAAUGAUUCAUGCAUUAUCACGUGACAGGGAGAAUGACACGUGCUCUGUUACGAGACAGGGGAGUGACACGUGUGUUGUCACGUGACGGGUGAAUGACACGUGCAUUGUCACGUGACAGGGAGAAUGACACGUGCUCUGUUACGUGACAGAGGAUAGACACGUGUGUUGUCACGUGACGGGUGAAUGACACGUGCAUUGUCACGUGACAGGACGAAUGACACCUGCAUUGUCACGUGACAGGGGGAAUGAUACCUGCAUGUCACGCGACAGGGUGAAUGACACGUGACAGGGAGGAAUGACACGUACUGUUGUCACGUGGCAAGAGGCAUGACACGUGCAUUGCCACGUGACAGGGUGAAUGACACCUGCAUUGUCACGUGUCAGGGUGAAUGAUAAGUGACAGGGAGAAAUGAGGGAGUAGGUAAUAUUGCGCAAGUGCCCUGCCAUUUCCUCAGCAUUAACUCGUUACUCAGCGGUUACUGCCCGACUAUUCACGUUUGCCUUAUGUGACAAGAGGGGUGGUGUGGCGGGAUUAUGUUGUAUAUCAUAUGUCAAAACGAUCGUUACAUUAUGUAAUUUUCUAUGGUCUAUAGCAAUAAUAUUUUUUUAAAUAAAAAAUUACUUGAGGACGUCAAAAAAUGUCAUCGAUUUCAAGAGUGGUCGCGCCCUGUCAAGGCAAACGCCUUUGGCGGGCUAUUUCUGACAGCAGCAUAGGCCAAUGACAGAUCGCGUGAACUGUCAUGGGUCGUCGUUGGCCUAUGAUCGCGCCAGCGAUGGCGAUCUGCAAAUCUUUACUUAACAAAUUGCCUUAAACCUUUUUUUAAUACAGUCAAAUGUCUCUUUGCCUAAAAUUUUUGUUUCGACAGUCUGUCAAAUCGCUGUCAAAAAAUAAAAUAUGACGUUUAUUCCGUGAAACUUAGAUCGUAGUGUAACAUCUGUCCUUUAUAAUCAUUUCCGUCCGUUCGCACUCUAUGACGUACAGCAUAAGCCCCGCCCACUCAGAUGUAGCGUUACAGGUCCA